AUGAGCGGCGGUAUACAUCUCAAGCUCACGCCUCAGUGCGGCAUCUGCACAGGCGGCUUGAAAUGGGACGAUACAGCUGUGGCUGUCUAUCGGACCACCAUCAUCACGAUAACCACCACCACCACUCUCGCCCUCGACUCCACCAGCAUGACCACCACUACUAGCCACAAUGCUGUGUGGGACUGCUCGCCGCCCUUCAAGCUCUCCCAUCGAGAUCUGAUGGCCUCUCUUGUCCUCUCCCGCAUCACCCCCGAGACGAGCUUCUGCUAUGAAUAUCGGGAGUGCUCUGCCUGCGCCACCUCGUCGGAAGCAGUCGCGCUGCACCAGGACUGCUACGAGAUUCUGACGGCUAGGUGUCGCUUGAAGGACACUCAGCUCCUUCUGCGGCGGCUCUUGGAGGUGGCAUCGUGGCGGAAGCCUUGGAGAGGAGCCCGGCCGCUGCUUCUCCCGCGCAAUGUUGACAAGCCGCGGCUCGAUGUGGUCGCCAAGCACCUCGGCCUGCCGCAGCUGUCCGCGCUGCCGGUCGAGCUGGCAGACAUGAUCCUCCAGCGUUCAGCGGAUGCGUUGCUCUGGCGCGGCAUAGCAGCGUGGCGGCUGGCCGAGUGUCUCGCCAGCAUGAGGGAUGAUCCGAGGCAGCCGCAGAUCAUGUGGCUGCGGGAGAUCCUCAGCUGGGAGCGAGGCGGCGAGCUCGUCACGAGCCAGUUGCAGGCCUUGCCUCCUGUCGUGAGGCUGACGCUGGAUUCGGACGGCAUCAGAUGCGUCGAGCGCCUCUCUGGUCAGCCCGCGUACUUGCGAGGAGGUCAUACGCAUACGGCGUACAUUGUUGCCUCCGUCAACGAUGAAACCCUUCGCCACGUUCGAGCGGAGCUUGCGCAUGGCCAAAUGCGCCUCCAACUACCCGCGGAUGGGCCGGUCCCCCAUAUAUGGAACACUCCUACUCCUCCCCUACUGUCGUCGUGUCGUCUCUUCGGCUCUGCCUCGACUACCUGGUCACGACUAUUUGCCGUCGAAUCAGACAGCAUGCGAGGCAUAACCUUCUUCUACAGCCGGGGUCGUCUAUGUGACAUCCAUAUUCACUACCUGGAAGGCUCAUCGGCCCAGUCCACGUAUGACCAGAUGUCCCGCGGGCUCCAGCAAGACACGUCAUGGCUCUAUCUACCCAUCUCAAAGGGCGACCGCUUGACUAUCCUUGGCGGCAGCGGUGCCUCUCUCACCUUCAUAUAUGGCGAGCCGAAACGGGGCGGCGCGACGCCCCGAGUUGAGCUGGUUGGCACAUACUGCGGAGCCUCGACACCAUACACAGAACGCUUGCCAGACAAGUUCCCCUUGGACAAGUUCCAGCCCAGCCCCAUCUCCGACCUUGAGGAAGUAUACUUCUCCUGGGCGCCGCUGGAGGACGUCGCGUCGACCGUCGUCUUCCGGGACCGGGGUACGGGAUACUGCAAAGGCAUCCUGUUCCACUACCUGAAUGGAGGAUCACGGGCCAUUGGGCAGUGCCGGCUCCAGGUUGACCCGGCAGAGAGAGUCGACGGGCCGAGCUCUCUGUGCAUCCAGAUGGAGGGUCACCGAGCCCGCUGGAGCCGUACCCAGAUGCUCUACAAAGCGCGGGUCGAGUUCCAGCAGGGCCCGGGCCAGGAGCACGAGCACGAGGGUAGAUCUAAAGCCCUUGUCCUAGGUGAGGCUAGCAAUGGCGAGAAAUGGAGAUGCUUUCCCAUGAGAGGCUACGCAAAGUUUUGGUUUACCGCUGAGUCUUCAUGGCUUAGCAUUGUUACCGAAAAUGAACAAGGAGAGGAAGAGCAAGUGAGCGGAGACACGGAGACGGCAGCCCAAAUGUAA